AUGCUUUUCCUCCCAGCUGCUGCUCUGUGCUGUCUGUGUUCAGCGCUGGUUGCCAUGGCAGCACAGCUGACUCAGGAUGAUUUAACAUUGACCAGGAGAGCUGGUCAAUCAGUCUCCUUCAGCUGUCAAGGAACUGACCAGUGUUACAGUGAAUAUGUAUACUGGUUCCAGAAGAAAGACACAGAAACAUUCAAAUUGAUUAUUGAUAUUGACAGCGCGAAUGGUAACUUAGAUAAAAGUUACAAUCACCCUCAGAAAGAUGAUUUCUCAUCUGUAGAGACACAGAACGGCUGGGGGUUGCAGAUCCAGACAGUUAAACUCUCACAUUCAGCCACCUACUACUGUAGCUGUUUUUGUACGAGGCUUUUUCACUGUGUCGACUACAUCUUUGGCUCUGGCACUAAACUGUUUGUAGAUGAGCAGGUAGUGAAGCCCGUGGUGAGCGUGUACCCAGCAGCAUCCAGAGCCCACCUGGAGGGGAAGAGCUCCCUGCUGUGUCUGGCCUCAGCCAUGUCUCCUCCUCUGGUCCAGUUCUCCUGGAAAAGACAGAAGAAGAACGGCUCACUGGAGGAUCUGACCCCUGCUGAGUUUGAGCAGCUGGAGCUCAGAGAGCCGGGACGCAGCGCCUCCAUCCUGCUGCUCCAUCAGCAGGAGAACAGCACAUAUAAAUACCACUGCUACGUCAAGCACGAGGGGGGCCCAAUGGAGCAGUGA